AUGGCAUCUACUGACCCUCGGACACAAGUAGCUCAGCCAGCCCUCGACGACCCCAACUCUGCGUCUGCGCGAGCGUAUGAGCCUGACCGUCAGUCUCAUGACAGCGGCCGGGAGGGGACACUAACUUCUGGUUCGGACGGCCCAGAAAAGUCCAACAAACCUUCCGCGGAGAAGCAAGCGCAUGCUAUCCCAGAUGACGGUGUCAUCAUCGUAGACUGGGACGGUCCUGACGACCCAGCCAAUCCGAGAAAUUGGUCGACGAAGAAAAAAUGGGCCGCGGCGGCGACUGUGUCGGCCUUCACAUUUAUUUCACCGAUAUCGUCGUCCAUGGUCGCCCCGGCAGCUGCGCAAAUCGCUGAGCAGUUCCACAUAACGAGCAGCGCGGAGGCCAGUCUGACCGUAUCGGUAUUCGUCCUCGCAUACGCUGUCGGGCCACUAUUCCUAGGGCCGCUCAGUGAAAUGUAUGGACGAGUUCAUGUCCUCCGGGGUGGCAACUUGUGGUAUACUGCAUGGAACCUAGGUUGUGGAUUCGCACAGAACAGCGGCCAGCUGAUUGCGUUCCGUUUCCUCGCCGGUCUUGGUGGUAGUGCGCCUCUGGCAACGGGUGGUGCCGUCCUAAGCGACAUGUGGAUUCCAGAGCAGCGUGGGCAGGCCAUCGCCAUCUACUCCCUGGCGCCGCUGCUAGGUCCUGUCAUCGGCCCAGUCGCAGGUGGUUGGAUCGCGGAACGGUCUACCUGGCGAUGGGUCUUCUGGGCGACAACCAUCGUCGCUGCUUUAAUCCAGCUCUGCGGACUCAUCUUCCUCAAAGAAACGUACGCUCCAAUACUCUUGGAGCAGAAGGCAGCUGGAAUCCGCAAGGGGAUGGACCCCGAGAAAGGGAAUGUGCGGGAAAUCCGCACUGCGCAGUCGACUGGCAAACAGAACAUGGGAGCACUCUGGCGAAAGUCGCUUACCCGUCCGUUCAUUAUGUUCGCGCAGGAACCGAUCAUCCAGCUGUUCGGCCUAUACAUGGCCUUUAUCUACGGUGUCAUAUAUCUGGUAUUGACGACGAUCCCCGCGAUCUUCUCCAAUGUGUACCACGAGGAUGUCGGUAUUGGCGGCCUGCACUACAUCGCCCUUGGCCUUGGCUUGUUCGUUACCACACAAAUCAACGCUCGUAUCAUCGAUCGUGUAUACCGAAAGAUGAAGGCGCGCAACGGUGGAGUCGGGCUGCCCGAGUUCAGAUUGUUGACUGUGUUCCCAGGCACCGUUCUCAUCCCCGUAGGGUUGCUCAUGGCUGGUUGGGGAACGCAUACGCACUGGAUUGUCGUUGACAUCGGUCUGGCAAUGAUCGGCUCCGGGAUGAUCUUGACGUUCCAGGGUAUGCAGACCUACGUUAUCGACGCCUUCACUAUGCACGCUGCGUCAGCACUCGCGGCCGUCUCGUUCCUCCGCUCAAUAGCAGGUUUCGGUUUUCCACUAUUCGCGCCUGCGAUGUACAACGCGCUGGGCUACGGCGUGGGCGACACAAUACUCGCAGCAUUCGCGGCAGUUGUUGGACCGCCAGCGGUAUUCACCUUCUGGAAGUACGGAGAGAGGAUCCGUGGCAUGAGUCGGUAUGCUCAACGCGCUAUCGUCGCCAAGAAGUGA